UGAAGACUUUGUUUUUCCAAUUCAAUUCAAGUCAAGACCUGUGCUUGUAGACAGUCAUGAUGUUGCUGAUAUUUUUGGCUGUAUUUCUCAUCAGGGGGGCCUUUCAGCCACCCUGGGCAACAGCUUUCAAACCCUUUACUUCUGGGAGCUCCCUCACCCAUCGACAAAUCACUGAGAUGGCCAUUCUCCGCAAGACUGCAGAAGUGUGCCGUGACGUAGCCAUUGCUGAGGGGCAAGACCUCAAGCUAACUAUCGACAACACCCUGACUGUAUUUGCUGUUCAGCAAGCCUGCUCAAGAUUAUAUUCUGUCCACUCCACACAUGGCUUUCAAUCAGCUAUGUCCAGUACUUCUUAUUCUAAUGCUCUUGUGGACAUAGAUCAAAUCCAUCCUGAACGGCACUGUGAUGCUGAGAAAAUCAGGGAAGCGCAGCAGCUUAUUACUCAUGGCCUGAAAUCAGUGAAAACCGACAUAGAUGAGGAAAGCUAUGUUUUUGCCCGCAUCAGUUUGGGGAUUAUAUGUCAUACUUUACAGGAUUUCUACAGCCACAGUAACUGGGUGGAACUGGAUAAAAGUGUUCCUUUCAGCAAACUCAUUGACGGGGACAAAAUAAUCGACAACAUAGCAGAUACCAACACAAAAACAUGCAGAAACUGCAAUGGAAGUAACUGCAGUGAUAAUAUCCUCCCAGAGUUAAAAGAAAAGAACCUCCUAACUUCAGGAUAUUUCAGCAUGAUUUCCUCAUCCAAACCUGAAGGCAAGUGUAGCCACGGUGGCAAAUUUGACAAGACCAGUUUUAAAGAACCUACUGGAGGUAUCAACAAAGAUGAGAUCACCUCAAGUCAUGGCAUCUAUCACCAGCGUGCUGCAGACAUGGCCAUCAGAGCCACCAUGGAAUUGCUGGAAGACAUUCGACUUGCCAAAGGCAACCAGGCCUUUCUUCAGUUGGUGGGGAUGAACAAGACGUCAGUGCUGGCUUUUGUUAUUGACACCACAGGCAGUAUGUCUGAUGACAUCAAAGCGGCAAAGAGAGUGUCCUUUAACAUUAUUGACAGCAGGAUAGCAUCAGCAGAGAAACCUUCAGAAUAUAUUCUAGUUCCAUUUAAUGACCCAGAUUUUGGACCACUGAUAAGGACUCGAAAUGCAGAGUAUUUCAAAGAAAAAAUCAGCUUGCUCACAGCUCAUGACGGAGGAGAUAAACCAGAAAUGUCUUUAUCGGGACUCCAGAUGGCACUUGCAGGAGCUCCUCCAUCUUCAGACAUUUAUGUGUUCACUGAUGCUGGAGCCAAAGACUUUGAAUUAGAAAGCACAAUUCGAGCCAUGAUAGAAAACACCAAGUCAAGAGUAAAUUUUAUGCUGACAAAAACCUUUUCAUUCCACAAAAGAAGAGACGUCUCACAAUCGCAGCGUUCCUCAACAAGAAUGUCUCAACCAGAAAUACAGCUGUACAGAGACUUGGCAGAUGUUUCUGGUGGACAUGUCAUAGAGGUCACCAAGAGAACACUGUCUCAGGCCACAGAAGUUAUUACUGAGUUAUCUGCCUCUGCUCUGGUGACUGUUCUUCAAGUCAUGAGAAAUCCAGCAAAGGCAGAAAACUUUUCUUUUGUGUUGGAUUCAUCUCUCUCCAAUGUGACUAUGUAUAUCACAGGUGUCUCUCCAGUCUUUACCCUCUACAACCCAACAGGUGUGUCUCAGUCAGAAUUGGUGACAGAUGGCCCUCUAGGUAGCAUUCAGACUGUGGGGAAUCUAUGGAGAAUUAAACUCAACUCAGAGAAUCAGAACGGGGUAUGGAGCAUCAAUAUUAACUCCACAAGCUCCUACACCAUUAAAAUCAUUGGUCAGAGUUAUUUCAGCUUUCUCUUUAACUUUGUGGGAUCUGAAGGAUUUCAUGGGGACUUUUUGCCAAAAAACAAUCGCCCUAUCAGUGGUGAAAAUGGCACCUUGUUUCUCUCUGUGACUGGAGGUGAAUUGAUCACAGUUACUGACGUACUUCUAGUAGAAGCUUCAGGGUUGAAUACUGUUAAUGGAACCAUUGAAUCAUUGGGUGGGUCAGACUACCUGAUACACUUACAAAGAAUCCCAGAAUGGCCAUUUGUUGUCCAACUGAAAGGUCUGUUGAAUGGCCUUAAUGGAUCCUCACUUGGCCAAUUCCAGAGACAGUCACUCACUCAACACAGAUCCUCUAGCAUUAAAAUCACGGUCAAAUCACAGAGCACUUUACAGGCUGGAAUCCCUCUGAAUGUCAACUUUACAUUGAUCAGUAAUGGAUCAGGAGGCAACUACACCAUACGUGCCAGAAAUAACUGUGGUUUUAAGGUCUCUGUCCCCAGUUCCCUGAGUGUGGAGGCAGGAGGAAGCACUCAGGGAACUGCAACGCUGACCCCUCCCUCCAACACAGAGUCUGGGACUGCUGUCACUCUCAUCAUUGAGGCAGAAGAUCCAGAAUCCACUGACCUGAAUUAUAUGACACUGCAACUCACAGUCAUGGCUGAGAUAACCGAUGUCUCUAAACCUUUGUGUGAAAUAGUGAACAUUAAAGCUGACUGCCCUGUGGUGUGCAACAAUGCAUUGUGGGAACUCUCUGCAAACCUGACGGAUGGUAAUGGUACAGGCAUAGCCAAAGUGUUCAUAAACAUCGGCAACGGCUCUCUCAGUACAAGUCAACUAAUAAGUGAGGAUGGCACUAAUGUGACAGUAGCUUUCUACAAUGCUUCCUGCUGUUCUCCGGAGGUGCAGGUAGUGGCUGUGGAUGGGGUGGGAAAUGUGGGUACAUGUUUCACUUCUAUAAAGGAGAAAAUCCCACCACAGCAAUACCUACCACAAAUACCACACUAAUGCAUCCCACAAACACUACAAUAAAGCCCUCAGUGGCCGCCACAUUUAGCAGAGACUUUGUCAUUCUUUAAGUAUAUUUUGCUUUUCCUCUUAGUUGUUUUCUUUAUAUGGUAAAGGGAAUGUUAAGGCCCAUACUGGAUAUUAAGAUAUAGGGUUUACAUGCUGAGUAAACAUACUGUAGAUGUUUUUUCUGUCUGUCUGUCACGCUUGGAUCUAAGAGCACUGGCUGUUACUGUAUGACAUUGAUGUAAUUCUGUGUUUAAAAAGUUACUCAUGCAUCUAACGUACAAUGAUGACUCAUUUUUGUUUUGUGAGCAUCAAAAGAGAUGCAUCUCUGUAUUUUUCUAAUGAAUAUGUCUUUUUAAAUUAAGAAAUUAUGUAUGUGUAGAGUGAAAUCAUUAGACCAAAACAGGCACUUUAACAUCUGCUUGUUAAUUUGUGAAA